AGAGAGAGAGAGAGAGAGAGAUCGACCUCUCGCGCUGGCGUGGGUAUUUCCUGCGUAAAGUAGCGUCGCCUAACAGCGGGGUGCGAGACAUGGGCACGAGAUCCGCAGCUCGCGCCCGCGUGGCGCCUCGGUCACCUCUCGAUUGACCACGAGCUGACCUCACUGCACCGGUUCGCAGGUCAGUCCAGCUUAGCGCGAGCUACAGGUGUGGUGUCAGAUUUACACGCGGAGGGGUGCAGCGCCGUUCGCGCUCAUUGUCUUCAUCCUCCUCCUCUUCCUCCUCCUCGGAUGAGAGAGCCGCGUGUGUCCGCGGUCCAGCCGCUCUGAGGGAGCGAAGCGGAGUGUCCGGCGUCCGGUUUUGGAUCAUUUAUGAGGAUCGCUAGCCGGGAGCCGCCGGCCGCAGCCCGCAGUCAUGCCUAUGCACCCCGUCACCUCCACUUUGAUGUACCGGGGAAUCUGCACCAUCCCGGACAUCCUCUCAUACCGGGCUCCGGUCAACCUUCCUGAAGACGAAGUGGAGGAGAUCCGUGAGGCGUUUAAGGUGUUCGAUCGGGAUGGGAACGGGUUCAUCUCGAAGCAGGAGCUGGGCAUGGCCAUGCGCUCUCUGGGCUACAUGCCCAAUGAAGUGGAGCUGGAGGUCAUCAUCCAGAGACUGGACAUGGACGGCGAUGGACAGGUGGAUUUUGAGGAGUUUGUAACACUGCUUGGCCCGAAGCUCUCAGCUGCUGGAAUGCCUGACAAGUUCAAUGGAACAGGUUUUGACUCUGUUUUCUGGAAGUGUGAUAUGCAGAAGCUCACAGUGGAGGAGCUGAAGCGGCUCCUGUACGACACAUUCUGUGACCACCUGUCCAUGAAAGACAUCGAGAACAUCAUCAUGACGGAGGAAAACCACAUCGAGAACCCUGAGGACUGUCAAGUGGACAUCGACUCAUCAAGUCCGACCCAGCAGGUGAAGCAGACGUGCGUGAGAAAGAGUCUUAUCUGCGCCUUUGCCAUUGCUUUCAUCAUCAGCGUUAUGCUCAUCGCAGCCAAUCAGGUGCUCCGCAGCGGUAUGAAAUAACACUGUCGUCCAGUCACAAACCAGAGAACAGUGAACACUGACAAAUGACUAAAAGCAACAUUGGCAAAAAAAACAAAUCUAUAAACAAACAUUCACACCAGUCCAAACAAUGACUGUGAUCUGAUCUAGACUGUUUAAUCUACCAGCCAAGCUUCUCAAUGGAAACCACAGAGCAUAGACCUACUGAAAGAAAGAAAUCAUAAACAUAAAGGAAAGAAAAGGAGCUAAGAGGUUUCAUGGGAUCCACAUGAUGAACAGGACAUGUGAGUUCAGAAACGAUUAACUCUGCUCCUUUACCUUCUUGCUGGACCAUCCACCCUGGACAUUGGAGAUGCAUGGAAACCUCAAGGAUCCUCCUGCUCCUCAGUGCAUGAAGUGAUGCAUGGAUUUACAGUAGUCUAUUAGCACCUGUAGAGCUCAGCUGUGCAUCCCUUCAUCUGUAUAUCACAUCUGGACACGAUGUGUAACAGUAAUGGCCCGUCAUGUGUGUAGGACAGUAGAGGAGUUGGAGGUGUUGUUUUAGAACUGAAAGUGAAGGUGUAUCCAUACAGUGUAUUUUGAUCCAUUUGCAUGAUUCUAAGGGCUGUUUAGGAUAUGCUCAUGCUGUAAAAUUGUGUGUUACGUGUUGUUUAUCGAUUACUGUGGGUUCUUACCUUCUGCACUGAGCAGAUUAUAGUAAUACUCCACACUGCCAAAGGGGGGCACAACAGCCCUGAAGUAAUGUUUUGAGUUUGAGUCGAAGAAGUUAUAACACUGAGACCUUGUGAGACGUUUGUAGUUUCUUAUUUCUUUGGAACUGGCAACUGAGAGUUGAACCUUUGAAAUAAUGUUUAAAAGCAUUGUCUGUUGGGUUAUUGGGUAGAUAUGCAUGUUGGCUAGUUGUUUAAGGGCCAAACCUGUUCCAUGAUCUGAACAUAGCUGACCCUAGGCCUAACCCUACUUGUAAACUUUGCCAAGGCUGUGCUUGUAAUCCACAGUCUAUUUAAUAAGUGUAAUAUUAAAUUGUGUCAUAGAUGCACCUAUUAGAGACCUGGCAGAUGUAUGGCAUGGUACUGAACCCACUACUCCAGAGGCACAUCCCCAGAACUGGCCCCCAUAAUGUUACCUUGAUUUAUACUAUAUAUAUAUAUUAUAUAGUAUAUACACUGAUUUAUUACUAAUAUUCAGGAAAAAUGGCUAGCUUGCUUAGUUAAUGAUUCAUGAGUAAUAUUCUAAGCAUAUCAGGGUCAUUUCUAUUGGUCCACACAUUAUGAAAUGUUCUCACAGUGUCUUUCCUUACUUGCUUAACUGGAAUUUGUCGAAUAAAAAAGCUUAAGCAAACUUAGCUGGCUAAUGUUUGCAAAGACAAAUGGCUGGCUAGCUAAGCUAGUGAUUCUUGAGUAGUAUUCCAAGUCAUUUUGGGCCAUUUCCAUUGGUCUGUUCAUCUUGGAAUGUCCACACUGUGUUAUUAAUAUGCCUGCUGGACAAAUCAGCAUAUCACCAGAAAAACCAGCAUAUGGUGGGUUUGGAAGUUGCUGUGCUGGCUAGCACCAGUGGGAGCUAUGCUGAUCAUUGGGAUAGUGUAGUGGUUAACACCUCUGCCUUCUAAAUUGUAGACUGGGGUUCAAUCCCCACCAGGGCAAGUACCCUACACUAUACCAAUAAGAGUCCUUGGGCAAGACUCCUAACACCGCCUUGGCCUACCUGUGUAAAAAUGAUCAAAUUAUAAGUCGCUCUGGAUAAGAGUGUCAGCCAAAUGCAAAUGUGAUUAGCCAGCAUCAGCACCAAUCUAACAUUGGUCACUAUUAUAAUUUUCAAAGCAAUUUAACAGAGAUGUGCAUCAAAUGUAUUACCUGAAAUUGGGCGUCAUUGAAGGAAAUAUUUGUGGUUUAACUAAAAGAAAAUUAUGAUGAUCAAGUGGCUUCAUGUUACCUUGUAUAGAACAAUGUGAUGAGCAAUGUAGGUCUCUAAUAUUUACAGCUAUGGUGUUGUGCAUAUGGGGUCAAAAGAAAGGAAAGUGAUGGUAAAGAUGAAAGAUGGGGUUAAACUCAGGACUUCUAGAUGUACAGCAAUACCUGUGACUUGACCAAGAUUGACCAGCUGUGUUGUAUGAACUGCUGUUAAGGAUUGUACACCACUACCACCAACAACAAUAACAACAACAACUCUCUCCCACACACAAAUAACACAAACAAAUCAAAUGAAAAAAAUCAAAGGGUCAACUUUCGGUUCCCAGUUCCUGGAAAAAAGCGAACCGUGUCUGCUUCAGGAGACACUCUGUUAAUCAUGUGAAUAUCAACAGCACUAUGCAUUUUAAGGUUUGAUUGACAUAGUCAGUGCUAUCGGUCAGUCUACAUGUACAGUAACUGUUUUCCAUAGUUACCCAUACUUACCUUUGCACUGUUUAUGUGUUUCUACAGCGAUAUAUGGUGUCAAAGAUGAUGUCAUUGGAGAAGAGUGGGCUGAAUGCAUCUUAGAAACUUGGCAACAUUCUACUGUGACUUUUGCAUUUGCCCAUAUAAAAUGCAAUAUAUUGAAAAUAUGUUGUAAUAUAUAGUUGUAUGCAAAUGUUUAAACACUCUCAGUCAAAUUGCAUUUUUUAUUGAGUUAAAAUAGCACAUAUCUUUUAUAGAAAACACAUUUUAACAUGUCAUAUUUCAAAAGUCAGUGCAUGGUUUUUAUUCGUAUGCUGAGGUUCACAUAUUGGCAAACAUAAAAUAUCAAAUGUGCCAUAAAAUGUGCACAGGUCUCAUUUCAUGUUUCAUUAUUUUUCUACAAUGUGUCAGUAAAAAAACAAGAAUUAUGCAUUAAAAUGUGCAGAAGGGUGUUAAAUGCAGAGAAUGUGUAAUGUGUAACAUGUAUAUUCAAACAUAUUCUACUAAAUUUAUGAAAUGUAAAAUUAGAAAAUUUCAUAGAUCUGAAAUAGUAAUGGGAAAAUUUUCUUCAUUCUAAUAUACAUUUAAAUGAACUCUAAUGUACAGUCAUUCUGAACCCUUGUUAUUGGUCCAUUCCUUAUGAUUUAAUCAAAAACAGAGAGUUUAUGAUGAGGUUAUGUUUUUGGCAUGGUAGUGAGAAUAUAUUACAGUAUAUUCCCAUAUUACUAUAAUAUAUUCUGACAGCAUAUUCCAAUAUAUUUAAUUUUCAUAUGGGCAAAUAGCUGUUAAACCAAAUGCACCCAGUUUUUCAUGAUAUGUUUUGGAAAUCUGAGGAUUAUAAUCAUGUUGAAUGUUUUUUGAGGAACAAGCACUGUAACAACCACAUUUUAUGUCCUGUAUAUAUGGGCCAUAACUAAUUGUGCAGCCAGGGUAGUGUUCUGCUGUCAGACUCAGCAGCUGAUUGGUGGUCUUGGGACAGUGUGGCCCACUGACAGCAUCUAGAGUGUAAACCCAUCUGAAUCACAAAAUGUGUCCCAAACAGUGUUGUGCUUUAAACUAAACCCGCUGGCGUUUAAAUAUGUAACAGCUGUAGCCCAGUUCACCUUGUUUUGCAUGAAAUAAGUGUCCGGGGGAAAAUGAUAGUUAAAGGCCUGCCUGGGGCAUGAGCAGAAUUAACUGGUAGCUACAGGCAGCUAGACGCUCAUUGUGCUCACUGUGGCACAUGUGUACUUAUGAAUCUGGACAUCAUGGCUUAACCGAAAUAUGCAAUAGAUAGGUACAACUGUAUCCAAGGGCAUGGUCACUAUUUUCAAAGGGUAUCUGAUGAGGCAGGCCAUGCUGCACUUACAGCGAAGUAAAUCACUUCUGUCGUCAAGUGUUGAAUUUUUUGGGGCAAAUGCAAGCAGGUUUAGCUCCCCAGAGUAAAAGCAGAGCCAGUUUAGGAGAGCUUGGCCUAUUCAUCGUAGGAUUAUAGAGCUGAAACAUGACUUGAAAAUGCUGGAGGGGGCAUGCAAUGGCUCUCAAUCAGUAGACGUAAUUGGAACUAAGCCCACAUUCAGAUUGCAGGUAAAAGUGGAUGUCCAGUUCAGAUUUUGUUCUUUCAUUUUCACAGCAUACUAUCAAAUGUGACCACCAGUUUGUUAUUCAUCAGUUUAAUCUUUGGUGCACCUGUUCCAUCAAACUCAUAUCUGGUAGGAGUAUGAAGUUGAUGAAAUUGAGCACAACAGUUAAACAACCUGAAAACAACCUGUUAACAACCUAUUUGUAGUUAACUAACCCAUUUUUUUUGAUCAGUCACGGUCUGUGAGGCCUGUAAUAAGAACAAAAACUGGAAUAUAACCAUAAAACUAACAAUCCAGUACAAAAGUGGAUAUACUUAUUUGACAUGCAAACUGGUAUAAAUGAAAGUUGCAUAUAUUCCAUGUUCCAAUUAAAGAUAAAUUACACUGUGCUUUAGUUUUAUACUACUGACGCUACCCAAAAAUAAGACAUUACAAAACACAAUUUUGCCUUUCAUACACUGCAAAAAACAGCAUUUAAAUAUGAUAAUCAAGGAAGAGAAUCACAUUACACAUUCAGAUCACUCUACUGUCUUUGUUCAUUUCAUGGUUUUUUUGCAGGCAUUGUAAUUUUAAUUCGAUAAAGUUUGGGCAGUAGGGGGAGCAGUAUUCACCUACAAGCACAGCUAGUGGCUCACAACCCACUGAAUGCUGUCACUGGACUGGUUCCCUAACAAAAUAUCUGCAUGAAUUAAAAAUGGCAAAUGAUAGGUAAAGGUGCUGUUAGGCCGGCGCUUGCUUUCAUGCACCAAACACAAUUCACCAUUUGUGCUCACAUCCGCUCUUAUUUCCACAUCAUACAAAAGUUUUAUGAAUCAGGUGGUCAAAUCUGCACUCUUUUCUAAGCAACUUGAUUUUUUUCAGUGUGAACUACAUCUGAUAUCAGUCUUAACAGAUCAUGCUUCAGCACUAACUGACCACCUGACAUGUUCAUCCAACAAACAGCUGUGUGUAUUAAUGCAAGGAGUCCCACUUGAUGUGGAAAUGAAAAGAUAAAUAUUGUAUAUCGUUUAUCUUACUAAAAUGCACUACUAAAAAGGCAAGAUAGGAGAACUUUUAACCAAGUUUCAGUGAAUGCUAGUGCCCUCAGAUUGAGUUCACUCAAAAGAUGCGGUGUAAUAAGUUAACAAAUAGUAAAAGUUGAUUUUUUUUUACAUUAUUUUAAAUUUGUAUUCAUUUUAUUUUUGAAAUUGUUUCAGCAGCACAUAUGAACAUGACUCAAAUCUGAAUUGUGUUCACACUGUCACAUAAAAACAAAUGUGUCACAUAUGGAGGAAAACAGAUGCGGCUCACUUUUACCUGCAAUGUGAGUUAAGCCUAAAUGCCUAAAAUACCUUGCGCUCAGGAAACUCCUGCAAGUAGAAGGUAUUUCUACAUAAAAUCAGUGCUACCUUGCCAAUAUCUGUUCUACGACACUAGCAUUACUGAACAUUAGUGCUGGCUGUUUGGCUGAUUGCCCCGUGAUGGACUGGCGACCUGUCCAGGGUGUAUCCUGCCUUCCGCCCGAAGAUUGCUGGAAUAGGCUCCAGCAUCCCCCCGCGACCCUGACGGAGAAGCGGCUUAGAAAAUGGAUGGAUGGAUGGAUGUUUGGCUGAUUGGUGAGAAGUUAAUUUGCUGAGUAGUUCAUACCAUAAUGAUGACUUCAUUAUAUUGUGCUUAAAGGCCCUGUUAAAAAAGUAGAAAUGAAACAAUAUCAAUACUGAUAUUAAAACCUUGAGUACUGGCCAAUACAAUUUUUCUUAUUGUAAAACCAUUAAGCUAGAAAUCAAACUAUUUUAAUUGAAGUAUUGCACUUUACUAAAACAAAAAAUAUUGAGCUGGAUUUAAACGUUUUUCCCUCCAGUAUCCAGUCCUGUUGAGAAGCAUUAGGGCAGCAAUUUUCAACAAUUUUAAGCUAUUCUGUGUUGAGAAAAUGUGGACAUUUGUUUGUAAAUAAGCAACCUAACCAUUUACAGAUGAUAAAUGUAACAAAAACUGACCCCCGUAGGCCCACAUUAUUAGACUUUUUGUGCAGCGCCCUCUAGUGUCAGGUCAACCCAGAAGAGAUAGUUGAAGGUAGUGGGGCUCCUUGAUACAAGUUCUACUGACAGUGCCUGCAGAAUUGUAGGCUACCUCCGAGCAAUGAAACACUGAUGACCACUGGUCUGAAAUAGUUUCUAAUAAUAAACAUUUUCAAUCAGUGGAAUUAUCUCCUGAAUGUGAACACAUUUGUAAGGUGGCGUAACCUAACCUGAAUGUUCCCGUGUUAGUCUGAGCAGUGUUCGUGUGCUGAUGUGGUCCUAUUUAAGGAGUUAAUGUACAGAGAGGCAUUGUACUUACUUGAAAGAAGAAUGUGUCCCCUGAGAGCACGGGGUGUGUUCAAUUAAUGCGGGUUUUUAACAGAUCAAGUGUCCACUAUGGGUGAAAAUAGAGUCUGCUUUGCUUGAACAUGCCCACGGCUUUCUCCGAGGGAGUUCCAUGGUUUGCAUUAUACGUCCCAUUGGAAUGCCGUUCCCAUAUGCACUGAAGCAAUACAUCAAAGAUAUGUUUCUCGAGGUGACGAGUGCAUGUAUAUGGACAACUGCAUACGUUUCUAUGAGCUGUUGGGAGAUUUCAAGGUGCAAAGAGGAUUCUAAUCUUUUCUCAUCACUGAUAAAGACCAAUAGGUUUUGUUUCUUUAUACAGCACUUUAAAAUACUAUUGUACACAGAUUUUAUGAUUUCACAUUGUCACUGGAUCAAUAUUUAUUGUAGAUAUAUAUAUUAAAUGGGCUUUUGUAUUAUAUAAAUGUUUAUGUUUGUAGGCAAUAUAUGUCCAUAAUGAUUAUUUUUGUUGAAUAGACGGCAAUAUAUAACACAGGCCUAAGGGAUGUAAGGGUCAUGUCUGUGUAGUUCUGUGGUAUGUAUGGCAAAAAUAGGCUAAAUGUUUGUCUAAGGUUCAAAAUAUUUGAAUACUUGAGAUUCAAGGCGUGUUGAAUGUUGUUCAAAGUUUUUAUUUGCCUUAUACAGAUUUCUUUUCUUUACUCUUGUUUACACUGACUACAUUUUUAUGAAACCCAAAUCAGACUUUUCUUUACCUUUAUUUGGGAUGAUAUAUUUUUUUGAAUGUUUUUGAUCAAUGUGCCAUAAAUAUAUCAGUCAAUGCACCUUGACAUGCUCUGUUCCUGAGCUUGGGUAAAUAUAAUGUGACACAUACAUUUGGGUCCACCCUGUGAAGUGUGUUUACCGACUGUCCUUCUGUAAUACUGUAAAAGAAUAAAAAGAAGGCUAGGCUAACCUGGCCUGACACCAUGUUAUACAACUUUAUUAUGUUAGCUUAAAAUAAGGAAAUAAUGCAAUAAAUUCAUAUUUCAUAUUAUAUUCAUAUUAUCUUUACAAGCUGUGACAUUGGGACAUUGUGUCCACUCACCAGCCUCUUUAGUGGAAACUCUUUCCGUGUUGCUCCACCUCUAACCAUCCUCUGUCCUCUAACACUGGCCAGUUUCUGACCUCAGAGCUGCUCCUGGGUGGAUAGCUUUGGCUGGUGGACUCCUCAUGACCUAGAACUCUUACCACCUCGCACCACACAAUGAAACUUACCAUGUCAGUUUCACUGCUAUGCGCAGAAAGAUCCACCAGCCAAAUAAUGUCUGGUUAACAGCGGUCUUGUGGUCAGAAACUGACUGUUGAUAAAUGGAAGGCCAUCUGAACAGACAUGCAUAACAACAGAUAAAGUGGCCAGUCAGUGGAAGUGAAAGGUAGAGGUUUCCAAUAAAGUGGCCAGUGAAGUACAAAGUAGACAUUUCUAAUUAAGUGACUAGUAAAAGGAUGUGCAAUGUAGACGUUUCCAAUAAAGUGACCAAUGAGUGGAA